CAUUAGUUUUAAGUUGUGAGUUCUCUCUGGGUACCAGUAAAUGUGGACAUGCAAGUUGGGAGAUAAGAAGAUUGCAGCCAAAAGAAGGACCAUGGAAGGUGGAGUCCAGGCUGAGGAGCCUCUCUGGAUGUAGGAAGCAUAAUUGGGCAGCCAUGGAGUGGGACAAUGGGACAGGCCAGGCCCUGGACUCACCGCCCACCACCUGCGUCUACCAAGAGAACUUUAAGAGACUGCUCCUGCCACCUGUGUACUCAGUGGUGCUGGUGGCCGGCCUGCCACUGAACGCCUGUGUCAUUGCCCAGAUUUGCACAUCUCGCCGGCCCCUGACACGCACAGCCGUGUACACCCUGAACUUGGCUCUGGCCGACCUGCUCUAUGCCUGCUCCCUGCCUCUGCUCAUCUACAACUAUGCCCAAGGUGACCACUGGCCCUUUGGCGACCUCACCUGCCGCCUGGUCCGCUUCCUUUUUUAUGCCAACCUACAUGGCAGCAUCCUCUUCCUCACCUGCAUCAGUUUCCAGCGCUAUCUAGGCAUCUGUCACCCACUGGCCCCCUGGCACAAGCGUGGGGGCCGCCGUACUGCCUGGGUGGUGUGUGGGGCUGUGUGGCUGGCUGUAACGACACAAUGUUUACCCACAGCCCUCUUUGCUGCCACAGGUAUCCAGCGUAACCGCACCGUCUGCUACGACCUGAGCCCACCUGCUCUGGCCACCCACUAUAUGCCCUAUGGCAUGGCCCUCACGGUCAUUGGCUUUCUGCUGCCCUUUGCCGCCCUGCUGGCCUGCUACUGCCGCCUGGCCUAUCGUCUGUGCCGCCAGGACGGCCCAGCGGGGCCAGUGGCCCGGGAACGGCGCAGCAAGGCAGCCCGCAUGGCUGUGGUGGUGGCAGCAGCCUUUGCCAUCAGCUUCCUGCCCUUCCAUGUCACCAAGACAGCCUAUCUGGCGGUGCGCUCUACACCCGGUGUCCCCUGCCCUGUGCUGGAGGCCUUUGCAGCUGCCUAUAAAGUCACACGGCCCUUUGCCAGUGCCAACAGCGUGCUGGAUCCCAUUCUCUUCUACUUUACUCAGAAGAAGUUCCGCCGGCGGCCACACGAGCUGCUGCAGAAACUCACAGCCAAGUGGCACCGACAGGGCCACUGAGUCCACUGGGGAAAGACAUCUGGGGCCAGGGCACCAGAAGCCCCACCAACCCUGAACCAUGCAGAGAAUUAGAGCUUAGCUCACCUGGGCAUGGAGUGAGGUCCCCCCAUAGACCCCAUAAUCUCACCAAUAACUAUUUAUUGAACUCUUUCUCUGGACCAGGCCGUGUGUGCACAGAGACAAGCUUGGACCUUGCUCUCUAGAAGGUCCCAGUCAGCCCUGGAGGGGCAGGGAAGCCAUGUUAAGCUGCUCACAAAAAUGUAGAGUGACAUGCACUGUAAUUGAGAAAUAUGCUGUGUGUUUUGGAGUUACCA